AUGGUCCGACGGUACGAUGCAGCGGUGCUAACCCCCUUUCCAGACGGAAACCUCAGCGGCUAUCACAAGAAGAAAUAUGUGUGCAAGCUCCUAUAUAUCUACAUCCUCGGAUGGGACGUCGAUUUCGGCCACCUCGAAGCCGUCAACCUCAUCUCGGCGAAUAAGUAUUCGGAGAAGCAGAUUGGCUACCUCGCCAUGACCCUCUUCCUCCACGAGAAGCACGAGCUGCUCCACCUCGUCGUCAACAGCAUACGGAAGGACCUGCUGGACCACAACGAGCUGUUCAACUGCCUAGCUCUCCACGCGAUCGCCAAUGUCGGUGGCAGGGAAAUGGGAGAGGCCCUGAGCGGAGAAGUUCACCGGCUUCUCAUCUCGCCGACAUCCAAGGCGUUCGUGAAGAAGAAGGCGUCGCUCACCCUCCUUCGUCUGUACCGCAAGAACCCCGAUAUCGUUCAACCACAAUGGGCCGAGCGCAUCAUCUCGUUGAUGGACGACGUGGAUGUCGGCGUCGCUCUGUCUGUUACAUCCCUCGUCAUGGCCCUUGCUCAGGACAAUCUGAACGCGUACAAGGGGGCGUACGCCAAGGCCACCGCAAGGAUGAAGAGGAUAGUCAUUGAUGGAGAGUACACUCCGGACUACCUUUACUACAAGGUCCCGUGCCCUUGGCUCCAGGUCAAGCUUCUGCGCCUGCUGCAGUACUUCCCUCCUUCGGAUGACACCCAUGUCCGCGAUAUGAUCCGUGAGUCUCUGCAGAAGAUCCUUAAUCUCGCGAUGGAGCAGACCAAGAACGUCCAGCAGAACAACGCACAGAACGCUGUUCUCUUCGAAGCCAUCAACCUCAUCAUUCACCUCGACAACGAGAAUGCCUUGCUGAAACAAAUCUCAUCUCGGUUGGGCCGUUUCUUGACUUCUAGGGAAACCAAUGUUCGGUACCUGGGAUUGGAGGCUAUGACGCAUCUCGCAGCUCGGAUCGACACUCUGGAGCCGAUCAAGCAGCACCAGGAUGUUAUUCUGGGAUCUCUCAAGGACAGAGAUAUUAGCGUGCGGAGAAAGGGUCUUGACCUUCUUUACAGCAUGUGCGACUCGUCAAAUGCCCAAGUCAUCGUGGGCGAGCUACUUCACUACCUCCAGAAUGCCGACUUUGCCAUCCGAGAGGAGAUGGUGCUCAAGAUUGCCAUUCUGACCGAAAGGUACGCUACUGAUGUGCAGUGGUACGUGGACAUCUCGCUGCGUCUUAUCGCCAUGGCCGGUGACCACGUUAGCGAUGAGGUCUGGCAGCGUGUCAUCCAAAUCGUGACAAACAACGAGGAACUGCAGGUCUACGCCGCGCAGCACUCAUUGCAGUACGUCAAGUCGGACCACUGCCACGAGACGCUGGUCAAGAUCGGAGCGUACAUUCUGGGCGAGUUCGGUCACCUCAUUGCCGACCAGCCCAAGUGCAGUCCCAUCGAGCAGUUCCUGGCCCUCCAGAGCAAGGUUGCCGCUUGUUCAUCAAGUACAAGGGCCAUGAUCCUUUCUUGCUACGUCAAAUUUGUCAACCUUUUCCCCGAAAUCAAGCCCCAGCUCCUGAAGGCCUUCCAGGUCUUUAGCCACACGCUCGAUUCGGAGCUUCAGCAGAGGGCAUGCGAGUACUUGACGUUAGCAACGAUGCCGACAGACGACCUCCUGCGAACCGUAUGCGAUGAGAUGCCUCCGUUCUCGGAACGCCAGUCUGCGCUGCUUGCCAGAGUGCACCAGAAGCAUGCCAACACUAGCGAUAAGAGAACAUGGAUUGUCGGUGGCAAGGAUGCCAACGCCGAUGUGGCAGAGCUGAAGAUAGCCAAGGAGGGCGGUCUCAGGCGAACAUUCAGCACAAAUGGCAAUCCUCCCGCUGCCAAUGGAGGCUCGAACGGCACGAAUGGCCACGGCAACGGCGUCAACGAUUUGGCUGGUCUGGACAUGAACAACAUUGGACCCGCCGAGCCCAAGACGAAGGCGCCGAAUCUCGCCAGUGCCGCUCACUUGUCCCCCAACUGGGAGGCUGGAUACAACAAGUUGCUACUCAAGGCUGAAGGCGUGUUGUACGAGGACGGUCAGAUCCAGGUUGGUGUGCGGUCAGAGUACAGAGGCCAAAUGGCAUGCUUGAUUCUCUACUUCAAGAACAAGACGCCGACAGCACUAGGCUCGUUUACUACGACGCUGGAUCUGGACGAAAACGAAAAGGGCAAGCUCACGUGGGACGUGAAGAACCUGCCAGACAGCACAAUUUACCAGGCUGGGCAGUCCCAGCAGGUUGUCAUGUUUGAGUGUAAGAGGGUGUUUGACAAGAGCCCAACAAUACGCAUCAGCUAUCUUGCUGGCGCCCUCCAGGCUGUCACCCUUAAGCUACCUAUCACCGCCCACAAGUUCAUGGACCCUGCAGACCUCUCUGCAGAGGACUUCUUCAGGCGAUGGAAGCAAAUUGGCGGUGCCCCUCGCGAGGCUCAGCAUAUCUUUGGGCUGUCCCCUGGCAAGUCGGAUAGGGAGAUGAACGAAUUCUUUGUCCGGCAGACGGUUGAGGGUUUCAGAUGGCGUGUCCUUGAUGGCGUGGACCCGAACGCAAAGAACUUUGUUGGAGCAAGCGUCCUCCACACCUCUGAGGCUGGCAAAUUUGGUUGUUUGAUGCGUCUGGAGCCAAACUACGGGACAAAGAUGAUCCGUCUCACCAUCCGUGCCACGGACGAGAGCGUCCCUGCCGUCCUCCUGAAGAUCAUGCAGGAGCGCCUCGCAGCAGGCUACACGCCUGAUAAGUUCCAAGCCCCAACCCCAGCCGACAUAUCGGACGCAUUUAGCAAUAUUCUGGUUACGUAG